ACAGCAUAAUAUUAAUUCCGAUUCGAGGGCAGCCUUCUGCCAACCCUCAUCUCUCAGGUUUACCGUCGUCGCAGCUUACAGCUACUCUCUAUCUCUCUGACCGUCCCCUUAUCAUCGUCCCCCCUUGCCUCACUACUCCGAUUGCUCGGUGCCGCCGUCGAUUCACAAACACAAACUGGGCCGAGCCGCCGUCGAUUCACAAACACGAAUCGACGUUUCCGUGCUCGGUGCCGCCGUUUACGUGCAACACGAAUCGUCGCUACCCCUUGCUGCCGUCGAUUCACAAACACAGACUCCGAUUGCUCGGUGCCGCCGUCGAUUCCGCUUAAAGGGGUGUCUACUAUGAAGACUAUUUCAGGAAAAGUUGUGUCCACAAAGCCGAUCUCUCUUUCCAAAGCAGCCAAAGUCCUCUCCAACUUCGUCACCAUUGAGACUGGAGCUUCCCAGGCAGUGUCGGCAUACCUGAGGCGUGCUUUGGUGUCGUUCAACGAAUUGGUUCAAUUCCACCAGGAGCUCAAGGGGUCCAAGUCCAACCAAAAGAUAAAGAACAACGCCGCCAAGAGGUCAAAGAGCCAAGACCCGGUGAAGUUGAUGAAAAACCUAAAAGAGAAUGAUUUGGUGCAGGACGCCGAGGACAGUGUCGGAAGCGGUAGUGCCGGGAAGAUGCAUAAGAUGAAAAAGAAAAAGAGAAAAAGUGGGGAGGUCGGUGAUGGAGAGACUUUCGAUUCGGUGGAGCAGAGUAAUUUGACAACGAAGAAGAAGAAGAGGAGAAGAAUUGAAGGCGAAGAUUAGCUGACUUUGUAAUUGCUUGAAAUCGUUCUCGUUGUGCCUUUUCUACUAGUAGUUUAAUAUGCUUUUCCCAAAUGAUAUCCAUGAACUUGGGCGCCUAGGAUUAAUUUAUACCUUGAUUGGUGUGGUUAGAUGAUGAUUUAGUUGGCUGAUUACUUGUUUAAAGAAAAUGGAAUGUUUAACCAUGGGUGAACUUUCAGGUACGAGGUUUCACAAUGCACUGAGUCAACCCGGUAGCAUCCACACAACUCUCCCCAUAUCUCUUUCUCACAGCUGAAGGAAACCCUUGCACGGUCAUCUCUUGCCCUGCUGAUAAAGGAAUAAGGGAGAGGAAAGCUUCAGGUUUCAGCCUUGCAUGUGGUAGAAGGAAGAGGCAGCAGGCUUGUGGAUUUGAAGGUGUAUACUUGAGGUUUGCCUCGAUAUUUUCACACCUUUAAAAGGACAGACGAUGGUCUUUCCCUGGUUUUACUUGCCUAUCUGCCCAUGCUUAGAUAUAAGAAAUUACCGCAGUGGCUAUGGAAAAUUUGGAUCAAGCAAGUCAUUAAACUUUGGGAAAAGAAUUGUGGUCAUUCUGCUUUAUCUAUUUUCCUGAUAGUGCACUUGUGGCAUUUACUUUUUAAUGUUAGGGAAACAAAUUGGAUUUGCAACAUAUUAAUAAAAAGUGUGAAAUUUCUCUGGAA